AUUUCCUCAGACGGUACUUUGACUUUUAUCAGGAGUGUGGAGUCCUUAUCUGUUAGCCUGCUUUAUGAGUGCGUGAUUAAUUUAAGGCUCUCCUUUUAUACCUCUACUCAGGAUGAUUACGUCUCUCCACCAAUCUCAAGGACUUUCCAAAGUUCUCAGCAUCCUGUCCACCCGACUCUGUAUGGAAAUGUCUCCACAAGCUCCGUUCCCCUUUGGAUUAGGCAUGCCUUAAUUUUUUUUUUUUUUUUGAAGUAUUAUUGUGCUGCACAAUCAUUAGUGUUUCAUUAGCGUAAAUUAACCGCUGAGUUAAUUAUCGGGAGGCUGCGUGGGAUCUACGCUCACUGUUCCUUUAAAGUCGUGCAGAGGGGAGCCCACGAUAAAGAAAGGAGGGGGCAGCUGUGCGCCAGUUGGAGGUGUCUGCCUGUCGCAGCGCCUUGGGGUUGACAUUAAGAAGAAGAGCGCGUCCAUGCUUCAUCUGGGAGGAUCAUCGCGAAGCGGAAGGCGCUGGAGCACAAGCCGACCGGGGGAGGUGCACGUCGGUGUGAGGAUACAUGGAUGGACAGAGACAUACUGGAAUCGGAAUUAAGUUGUCAGCCGGUGCGAGAAAUAUCAGCAUAUAAUGGGGAAUACAGCGCCAAAGCCAUUAAUAGAUGCUACUUUGCAACCCCGCCCGGUGGCUAGCAGGCAGUACUACAUCCUCCCCAACAACGGGUCAGGUGUGGAGAGAAGAACGUCUGCCCCGCCUGUCAACAUCAACCUGGAGUCGUUGCGCUUCAACCCUCAUACCAGGGGGAAGAACAUCAGGCUGGACGGGCAGCUUCGAAGAGCGACUCGCAAGAACAGCUUCUGCAAUGGCAUCACCUUCAGCCAUCGGCCCGUCCACCUCUAUGAAAAGGUCCGUCUUCGCCUAACCGGUGUGCACACCGGCUGGAGUGGAGCUCUGCGCUUUGGUUUCACCAGUCUGGACCCAAGCGAGCUGGAGGCCACUGACAUCCCCAAGUAUGCGUGCCCAGAUCUGGUGACGAGGCCCGGUUACUGGGCCAAGGCCUUGCCUGAGAGACUGGCUAUAAAGGACAACAUGCUGUCAUUCUGGGCCGACCGCCACGGGAGGGUUUUCUACAGCAUUAAUGAUGGAGAGCCCAUCCUCUUCCACUGUGGGCUCAGCAUUGGCUGCCCGCUCUGGGCAAUCAUCGACAUCUACGGCAUCACUCAGGAGGUCACACUGCUUGACAGCACGUUUGCUGAGAGCGUGGGGUCCAGCUGCCUGAGCGCUGCCCGUCUGAGUGCCUAUCUCCCCCAGAGCAGCCACGACUCGGCCAAUUACAGCAACAAUCAGCUGGAGAACAACCAGGCGGCUGCUGCCAAGAUGGCCAACCUCCAGCUCAGUAACUACUCUCAGCUCAUCCCCUGCUGCUCGUCCUCUUCUUCCUCCUCCACCACUCCGUCCUCGGCCGUCUCCACCGCGUUCCCGAGGGGCGUCCGGGGUCUGCCGUCCCUGCUGGACAACGACUUGCACUUUCAUCUGAUCCGUGGAUCUGACGUGAUACUCUCCGCAGACCGUUUGGCCGCCUGUAUCCACUUUCUGGACAGCAGUCGGACUCUGGUGUUCAGUGACCGGCCGCUCCACGUGGGAGAGACUUUGUAUGUGGAGGUGGGCCACCUGGGCCUGCCUUACUUUGGGGCGAUGUCGUUCGGUUUGACGUCCUGCGACCCAGCUUGUCUGCACUCUGGAGACCUGCCGGCUGACCCUGAGGUGCUCCUGGACCGGAAGGAGUACUGGGUGUUGCACCGCGGCUUCCCAAUGCCUUGCUCUGGAGACGUGCUCAGCUUCAGCCUGCUGCCCAGCGGAGAGGUGCACCACGGGGUGAACGGAGUGGGACGGGGCCGGCUGCUCUGUGUAGACUCCUCUCAGGUCCUGUGGGCCUUUUUCACACUGCACGGAGCUGUGAACAGACUCAGGAUACUCGGAACACUGCAGUCCAGUCCUCCCUGCACAUCCCCCACAACCUCCCAGAGCAGCAGCCCAGAUGACAGUGACUCAGACCUGGCUUUCAGCGUUAACAGAUCCUCCUCUGCCUCAGAAUCCUCUCUGGUGACUGCUCCCAGCUCCCCGCUUAGCCCCCCCACCUCCCCCUCCCUGACUGCCUCUGAGCUGCCCCCUGCUGGGAAAAGCGGAGAGUGCACCAUCUGCUUCGACCAGGAGGUGGACACCGUUAUCUACACCUGCGGACACAUGUGCCUGUGCAACGACUGCGGGCAGAAGCUGAAGAGACAAAUCAACGCCUGCUGCCCGAUAUGCAGGAGGCCCAUCAAAGACGUAAUCAAAACGUACCGGCCGUGAUGGCGGCUCCGCUUUGUGAGCAGGUGCUGCGCGCGUCUCCGCCACCUGUCGACUCCUCUCAGGCUUCGCUGGACCACAAUCCUGACCUUAAACCAGAAACUGACCGCAUCAGAACAUCACUGUGCCUCUUAGAUUUCCCUUACUCGUGGCUGAACGCAGGCUGGAGUCAGAGCUAAGAUGGACUAAUGACCAGACUCGAUGUUUGACCGCUGUCACUUCGGCCAAGAUACGAUGGAACAUGUGCUCCAUUUUAUGUUUUUUCACAUCAUCUCACCUGCGUUGUUGAAGCAGAGAGGUUUUGUUGUGACUAUCUUGUCCUUAUUGUUGUCAUUCUAGGUAUGUAGUAGUCCUUCGCAAAAAAAAAAAAAAAAAAAAAAAAAAAAAAAGAAAUUGAAAACAUUUUGUUAUGUAACUACAAACUUCAAUCCAUUUAGUUUGGAUUUUCUGUGAAAAAAACAAAACAAAAAACAACCUAAACUGGUACAUUAUUGUGACGCGAAGGACGGGAAAAAAUAACUGAAAAGUGUGGCGUGCAUUUGUAGAACCACACUAGAUUUUCUGUUACGACUUAAAAACUUUUAGAGCGCAUCUCUACGGGCUUUGGACAUCUAGAGAAGAACAUUUCUUAUUUUGUAAAGAUCUAGAUCUAGAUGUCAGCUGAAUCACUCUUAGCAAAUUUUAAUCUCAACAAUUGGCUUUCUAGCAUCCAGUUGGGCGUUUAGGGUUGUUGUCCUGCUGAAAGGUGAACCUCUUGCUGGUUUUCUCCCUCUCGCCAUUUCUUAGCCCCUUCCAUCUGUCGACCAACUCUAAAGCUCUGCAGCUUCCCUGUCUCUGCUGAAGAAAAGGAUCCACAGCCAUGUUUCACUCUGUGAGUGGUGUUUUCUGGAUAGAACUAAAAAUAUUAAAUAUCCAUCCCCAAAUAGAGUUUUGUAUGUGGACCAAAAAUUUCAGUUCUGGUCUCAUCUGACCAAAGCAGCUUCUUCCACAUUUGUCCUCUUUUUUUUUCCACUUUGCAAGGCAGUGCUUGCAAAGUGCAGGAGUAAUCAUUUUCUUGCAAACAGAUUAAUGUUCUCAAACCUGCGGGUCCUUCAGAGAACAAUUAGACUUAAACUGGGGCUAAAAUUCACACGGUAAAGAGUAGAAAUGCAAGUCGCUUUUUUUUUCUGUUUUCUGUAAAGUUUUUGUAAACCACGCAUCCUUUACUUUGUCCUUAGUGGUUAUGCGUCGGCCCAUCACGCAAAUUCACACCUAAAACACAUUUUCAGUGUUUUGGUUGCAACGUGACAAAAUGUGACAAUGAAUACUUUUUUGCAAGGCGCUGUACAUGUCAUCCAAGAAAACCUGUGGACCAUUGACUUUGAGUGCCUUAGAUUGUUGUUACGAUAUCUCUAAAAGGAAAAAAUAAAUAAAUAAAUAAAUAAAUAAACAAAUAAAAUCCCUAGCCAUAUUUUCCGUAUACGCUGUCCCCUGAGGCACGCAGAAUGUACGCAACGAGAGUAAAGGCAGGUUAGAGAGAAGGUUGUGCUGGAUGUAAGGGAAACGCCAUGCUCUAAAGAAAAAUGUAAGUUUUCUUGAGGAAAAAAAAA